GCCCUCAGAAGGCUCUUUGCAAUAGCCUUGCACUGGUUUUGUGCUUUGUUUGAUUUCCUGAAAGCCAGGCGGGAUUGCCCAGCUGGAUGUGCCGGAGCUGUUACAGCUGAGCAAGUCAGCACCCAUCAGCUGAGCUGCGCCAGGACACGGCAUGCUCCUUUGUAGUCCAUCCCAGCAGUACAGUCAUCCCAAACAGCCCGGUUUGGUGGGUGCUUUCAGUAAGGCUGCUGUACUCUGGUGAGUACAACCAAAUGCUGCUUCCCAACAGCAAUUCACUGUAUAAGAAACGUGAACUUUCCCCUCCACCUCCUUUAAUUCACUGAUCAAAGAGAUCCUUCAUCAAUGACUUAACUUCUCAGGUUGUUUGCAAACUUUUCCUUCAAGGAGAAGGUGUAAGACUACCCACAAAGGUGUUGGUGUGGCUUUUGUCUUUGGUCAUCCCUGGGACCUCCAGGAGAAGCUGCAGCCCUCCCUUUAUUUAGUGAGAAUGGGGAGGUUUGUAAACUGUAGAAGUUAAACUGGAAACACACCCCAAGCCUAGGAAGACUGGAAACACAAAGGCAUUUGUAAACUAAUGUAAUUACUUUCCUCAGUGCCUUUGAAUAAAGUUGGCUCCACUUUAAAGGCUUUUUUCCUACCCUUCUUUCACAUUAUGUUCUUUCCUUUCUCCUGCUUUCUUUCUCUUUUAAUUUCUGUUUUCUUCUCAGUACCCUCCCGUUUUUGUUCCAAGCAGCUGAUAAUUUCCAAAAUGUAUAUCAGUUUGCAUUAGCAAAACUUGGCAUCUGGACUCUUUCCUUUUGAAGGUGAGAAUAACACCCUGGGAAGAUGGAUAUCUGCUGCGCCAGGUUCUGGUAGCACAGAGCCCGUCUGAGCACCUGAUGACCUCCCCAAGGCAGGAUGGGGCUUGCCCAGCCAGCAAAUGUGCCACGACAUCCAGCACCCUCAGCCAGCCUGGCUCCCAGUGCACUGGCCAGCCCAUCCCCAUGAUAUCAGGGCCCCUGAUAUUGUCUAAAAUCUAAUUUUAACUCAGCCUGAUGUUUUCCAUAUUCCUCUGGAGUAUCUCCCAUCCAAAUGUGAGCAAAGGUCAGAGGGAAGAGGGGCAAGUCGGGAAACUGAAGUUGAAACCUAGCCUGGCCCCACACAUGGCUCGUGUGGGUUAAUGAUGCUUGUUAGGAUAAUCGUGGGCAGAGCAGAUCUGUUGCAAGGGGAAAUAGCAGGAUGUGGAGCUGCUGUGUUGUACAGCCAAAGUAUUUAAUAAUUAAACAGUUGAAGAUAGCACAUGAUUUAAAUGGGAUAUAUUAUCCGCCUCAGGUCAUUGUCCUACGCUAUUUUCCUUAUCUGGAUACAGCUCAUGUUGCAGGACCUGUGAGGUCAGUGAGGAGCCAUGCACUGGUGCUUGGGGGUCUGGAUCAGGUCCUUUGGCCACAGUGGCCCUGCAAGGCUUGCUAGCUAUAAAGGCUUGUGCGUGCUCCAAACCAGAGCUGGAUGGAGAAGGAGUUAUUUUCACAGAAAACAGUGACCUUUUGUGCAAAAGCAAAGUGCAGACUGAGCGAUUUUAGCUCUCCAGUGAGUUAACAUUUUCUGCAGGCCUUUUCCCUGAAAAGCUAAAUUUAUCUGAAAAUCUCGCCUUCCUUCUUUAUUUUUCCUAUUGAGCAUCCCAGCUGGACUGUGCCUCUCACUCGCAGGGUGAGAAAUGCUGUUGUUGGCCAGCUGAGCAUGGAGGCAGGGGAUGCUGGCAGCCUGUGACCCCGUCCCUUCUGGGCUUGGCUAUCGUGUCCAGGAAGCUGUGCACAUCCCACAGGGAAUCAGUGAUGGAUGAGACAAUUUGGAUUAAUGUCAGCCUGGGCAAGGGGCAUCCUGCUUUUUGCCUGCACUUUUGAGGGGACCUCUUGGAAUAGGAGCAAUGCUCCAGAUGAAAGGAUUUGUGCAUCCCGCUGGCUUGGCCUUGUCCGCAGGAGAGAUGGGGGAUGUAAAGGCAACAGUAGAGGAAGCCAUUGACAGACAUAAGGAAAGGAUUUUCUCCCCACGAGGUGUCCCAUGGGUGCUGGGCAAAGACUGGCAGCUGCAUCUGCUCCAUCAGCACCCCUGCAGAAGAUCUCUUUGGCUGAUGCAGGUCCAAAGUGAAACUUUUUGGGUUGUUUCAGGCAAUAGAACACAGGCUGGAGCCUGUUAUAUUUAUUUAUUUUGUUUUUCAAACCAAAUUGCCCAUCCCCGCUGAGCUAUGUUGCUGGUAUAAUGGGAACCAGUUCCUGCAAACCUGCUGAGACUAAAUGGAAGGUUUCCCAGUGGAAGUAGGAGCAGAGGACAGCAUGUAUGUCCCACUAUGUUGGGCUCUGGGAAUGCAGUGCUUGGGCUGCUGAAGAAGAAACUCACAUCCCUGCUUUUUGCCCAGGGUGAGCAUCUCACAGCUUGUUACUUUAGGGACUGGAGCAGCCUGAUGGAAUUUGGCAGCUCUUCAAAAACAAAGUCAUUUCUAGUCUCCAUCAAGGAUUCGAUGGGCAAAAAAACUUUGUUGCAAGAAAAAAAAACCCAACCUGAGCACCGGGGAAAGCAAGCAGCCUGUCCAUGUGGUGGGAAUUUGGCGAGAGAAGUCAGCAGACGUCUGUACUGGCUGGGACGGUGCAGCAUGGCAGCACAGCAGCCUGGUAAAACAUAUGGCACCUGGGGCAUCACUGGGAGAUUUUCAGCUUCAGGCUCUGCUACAGACUAGCUGUGUAAACUCAGUGAGCUCAUUUAAUGUCAUUAUACUGCAAAUAGUCCUUUUCAGCAUGUAUAUUUGCUCCCUUGUGUAGGAUGUCAUAAGAAUUUAAGUGUUUUUAAUGUGCUUUGAUGUCCCUGGAUGAAGGAUGCUCUAUAAAUGCAAAGUAAGUAUUCUAAUGUACGUAGUUUGUUUUCUUUUUAACAUAACAAAAUCCUUAGCAGCCUUUCCUUCUUUGACAGUUUCCAUAGCUGGUGGGUCUGUUUCUGCUAUGCUUUAGCAAAACAAAUUUAGGGUUUUGCAGUGGCAUAUGCUCAGUGUGUUCUUCAGCUUCUUGACCUGAGUAGUUCCCCUGUUGUCAGCACUGCAGAGUUAUGGGUGGAAAUCUGCUAAAAAUCUCUCUCUCUGCAAAACCUGAUGAUGGGGAAAGGUGGAUGUUAGAAUCAGUUUGGGGAAGAACCAUAACUUGAGAAGAAAAGUGAUUCUGGAGCAGCUUUGCUCACAGGUAGCUCUGAAUGAGACCAGAGAGUGAGCUAAUGCAGAGUAAUUAUUCCUAGAUAGUGCCAGUUUUGGAUAUUUAUUCUGAAAUACAGUGUGAUUUCUUCCUAUUGAAGGUAACUCCCCGUAUGAACCACCCCCAGCAGCCCGCAAGCCUGGCAGCGAGCUCUCCUGCCAGCCCGCCCCAUUACCUGCCUCUGUGUCCCCAUCCCUCAGGGUGACUCGAAGUAGCUUGUCAUCCCACAGAUGCUGUAGAGUGGUGUGGACAAAGAGGGCUUCUCUAGGGAAAGGCAGCUCCAAUGGUGCUUUCCAGGCCAAAGCCAAAGCAUGCAGCUGGAAAAAAAGCUGAUGAGAAGCCACUGCAAAGGAAGUGUCAUUUGGGAAAAGCCCUAUGAAAGCUGCAGGCAGUGCAGCCGCUCUGAAACGAAUUGCUGCAGUGUCUGAGCACUGAGGGAUCAUCUCAGGGGAUUAAUCCAAACACAGCAAAGGCAGAAAGCUGUAUGCACCAGGAAAACAGUUUACAUCUCUCUAGGCAAGCACAGAUUUAAGGAAGCCAGCCAGCCCCCUUCUCCUGUCCUGGAGGCAUAUGGGGCUGCUGAGACUCCCAAGAGCAGCUGAGCGGUGAGAGCUUUGCCUUACCUUUCCCUUCUCCUGUUCUUCCCAAGCCAUUGAACAUCACCAUGGCUACCUGGGAGCUGGUCCUCAGCCACCAAGCCCCAUCCCAAUGCCUGGCCCGGCCCCUGAGUACGCAUCCCAGGUGUGGCAGUUGGAGGAGAGACGCUGGGGUUCGGGGCGUGCUUCCUCUCCAGGUUGCACCAGGCUCUGGCACUGGAGCACGCCGUGCCCCACCACGCUGCCUUUUUAAUAGUUGAUUUUAAUGAGACGCUUCGAGACAGAAGAGAAAAAAAAACAAGCCUUCCAACAGAUUUUUAUCUACUGUUUAUUUCCACAAAUUGCUGCAGAAAAAAGCCUGGAGGGUUUUGAUGGAGGUGGAGGCUGAGAUAGCCGGCAACACGGAGGCUGCCGGGGCGCAGCCUUUUUAACCUCCCGUACUAAGGCAGGUGCUGACACAUCCCUGCAGCCGGCGAAACAUGCUAACGCUAUGGAGGCUGACCGAGCAAACGGUGCACCAGUACUACAGCUGCCUGCCCGAGGACAAGGUCCCCUACGUCAACAGCCCAGGAGAAAAAUCUCGCAUAAAGCAGCUUUUACACCAGCUGCCACCGCAUGACAAUGAGGUCCGCUAUUGCAAUUCGUUGGAUGAAGAGGAGAAGAGGGAGCUCAAACUCUUCAGCAACCAAAGGAAGAGGGAAAAUUUAGGGAGAGGCAAUGUCCGACCGUUCCCUGUAACCAUGACAGGAGCCAUCUGCGAGCAGUGCGGCGGCCAGAUCAAUGGAGGGGACAUGGCUGUCUUUGCCUCGCGAGCGGGACACGGUGUUUGCUGGCACCCUCCCUGCUUCAUCUGCAGUGUCUGCAACGAGCUGCUAGUCGACCUGAUCUACUUCUACCAAGAUGGGAAGAUCUAUUGCGGCAGGCACCAUGCCGAGUGCCUCAAGCCCCGCUGCGCAGCAUGCGAUGAGAUCAUUUUUGCUGAUGAAUGCACCGAGGCCGAAGGGCGGCACUGGCACAUGAAGCACUUCUGCUGCUUUGAAUGCGAGACGGUUCUGGGAGGACAGCGAUACAUCAUGAAGGAUGGCAGGCCCUACUGCUGCAGCUGCUUCGAGUCCCUAUACGCUGAGUACUGCGACACCUGCGCCCAGCACAUCGGUAUAGACCAGGGCCAGAUGACGUAUGACGGCCAGCACUGGCACGCCACCGAGACCUGCUUCUGCUGCGCACAGUGCAAGAAGUCCCUGCUGGGACGGCCCUUCCUGCCCAAGCAGGGACAGAUCUUCUGCUCCAGAGCCUGCAGCAUUGGCGACGACCCCAAUGGCUCCGACUCCUCCGACUCAGCUUUCCAGAGCGCGCGAGCAAAGGAGUCCCGCCGCAGUGCAAAGAUCGGCAAGAACAAGGGGAAAGGCGAGGAGGGAGCACGCAGCCCCUGCAACCAGUUGCAGGUCACCUCCAACCGCCUCUCCACCGAUGUGGACCCCCUCUCACUGCAAAUGGAUUUGCUGAGCCUGGCCAGCCAGACACCAAGCCUCAACAGAGAGCACGUGUGGAGGAGCCGGGAUGAGCUCUAUCACUACGGGAGCAAAAUGGAGCAAAGUCAGUCCCAAAACCCUUUACAACUUCUCAGCCAGUGCAACGUAAGAACCUCCUAUAACCCCAGCCAGGUCCCAAGCUCGCAGCCGGAUUUAUGGGCGAAACAUUUCAGCAACCCAAAGAGAAGCUCCUCGCUGGCGAUGAAGGGCCACAGUGGCAGCUUCAUCCAGGACUGCAGAGAGGACUACUACUCGGGGAGGCUUCGUUCGCAGGAGAGCUACAGCGACAUGUCCAACCAGAGCUUCCCUGAGACCAGAGGAAGUCUCAAAGUCCCCAAGUAUGAAGAGGAAGGGGAAGGCGGGAUGCCGACACCACAGUGCCGCACCCGGCACCCCAUCAAUGCUCUUAAGUUCACAGAGGACCUGACACCCACUGAGCAGACUCCUCGUGGCUCCAUGGAGUCCCUCGCGCUCUCCAAUGCAACAGGCCUCUCCACAGAUGGUGGAGCCAAGCGCCAGGAGCAUCUCUCCAGGUUCUCAAUGCCUGACCUGAGCAAAGACUCAGGCAUGAACGUCUCAGAGAAGAUGAGCAACAUGGGGACCCUGAACUCCUCCAUGCAGUUUCGAAGUGCUGAGUCGGUCCGCAGCCUUCUGUCAGCGCAGCAGUACCAGGACAUGGAGCCAAACCUACACAACCUCGCUAGCCCCCUCGGGUACCGAGAGCGGCCAGCGCACGGGCGGAUGCACCAGAGCUUCGACUAUGGUAGCGGGGUGCCUGGGGGCAAACUGGGGGUGCAGGAGGGCUCGAGGCACGCUCCCAUGAGCGAGCGCACACGACGGCGAACUAAUCUCCGGGAUGAUGACCGGCAUUACCGCCCACACCGGCCCAGGCGGUCCCGACGCUCCCGGUCGGAUAAUGCCCUGCAUCUGGCCAGCGAGCAGUGCUACCGGCUGAAGGAGAGACCCUCGCUGCAAGCCAGGGAAGACUAUGACCGGUUCAUGCACCAGAGGAGCUGCAGAGAGACAGUGGAGCAGGGUCCCCGCAGGGACGUCUAUGGCCACUGUCCCCGGACGGUGUCGGAUCUCGCCUUGCAGAACCACUUGGGUGAGAGAUGGGGGCCCUACUUUGCCGAAUAUGACUGGUGCUCCACCUGCUCCUCCUCUUCAGAAUCUGACAACGAGGGCUACUUCCUCGGGGAGCCGAUUCCCCAACCCACACGCCUCCGGUACGUGACCAGCGAGGAGCUCCUGCACAAGUAUGGCUCAUACAGCAUGCCCAAGUCUUCCACGCUGGGUGGCAGGGGACAGUUGCACAGCCGGAAAAGACAGAAGAGCAAAAACUGUAUCAUAUCCUAAUGGCAUCCUUGCCACGCACCUUGGGAGAAUGUAAAUUAACUCAUAAACUUGCACUGUUUUAGAUCUUGUAAGCGCUUUUGUUGUAACAAAAAAGACCCGAAGGUAGUAAGAAGGUAGUAGACUGGCUUCUAUAAAUAGUCAUAAUCCUGGGCAUGGUGAAUAUAUUUUGCACAUUUUACUUUGGAGGAUAAAAAAAGUUCACUUUAGCCUCUAAUAUUUACCCAGUAGUUUUUCCCCUUUCUCCCCGAUACUGCCACCCUUUUGAGUUCUGUUCAUCCCUAUGUUUUGGUUACCACUCUUGACUCACAGCAUCAGUUUGCCAGUAGCUUUUGUUUUCCGCCACAUUUUUGUUCUCCAUUAGCCACGUUGGUAGGUAAUUUGUCUCUCUCAGACAGUGUGGGAGCCUAAGUUAUUUCCGUGAUUGUUGUAAAUGCAAUGUAAAUGAGAGUUUGGAGAAAAUAUUUUUCUAUUUUGUAAUAUCAGAGGAAUUUCUAUAUCUUAGGAGUCACUGGGAAAAUGCAUGCACAUUCAGAAUUGUUUUCAGCCAGAGUUAACCAAACAGUACUUUAGAACCCACUUUUCCAUUUCAUCAUCAAAUUUCUUAAGCAUAUCAGUGACGGUUUGAGUUGUCAUUUCUUUUGAGGUUGGUUUGGUUUUAACCCUUUUUUCUGUUCAUUCGUUUUGUUCCUGCUAAAUAAAGCGAACAUUUUUCUGAUUCAUUAAACCUUGAAGAGGCCUCAGUGGCAUUUUGAAGUCUCCUCACACCUGUGAUUGUCAGCUACGCUCCAUCAGUCAGAUCCAGGAAUCCUGACAGCUGCAAAAGGGACUUUUUUUUUUUUUUUAAUUAUUAUUAAAUAGGAAAGAACAGAACUACCAAAUGUCUGCGACGUUGUAAAUGACCAAAGCCAGAGAAGGAAUUUUACACCUCUAUAGAGAACGCUGAAGUUACUAAACGCUGAACUAUUAUUUGGAGUAAAUAAAAGUGUAAAUGGUGCAAUUGUGUGAUGUCAGCAUGACGUUGUUUUGAAUAUAGAUUUGUCUUACGGUGCUCUAGUCUCCUGGGUUACGUUAACUGCUGUUCAUUACCAAGUGGAAGUCUCAGUAUUGCCUACUGCCUAACACGUAAGAGAACGACUGCAAACUGCUCCCUGCGGGCCUGAUCCUGCCCUGGCGAGGUGCCUUCGCCCCUCUGAGGCCACUUGGCUGAGGGUGCGCUGAGCCCUGUGGCAGCGUCACCGCGGCGGAGUUUCCGAUCGAUAGGGCUCAGCUGUAUUAUGUUAUGGUGGCUGUGAGUUUGCUCUUUGUAUGCUGUAAAUUAUCGGGGUACUGACAUCGCAGCGCUUCCCGGCGGAUGUGCCGGAGUGUUGCAAGCUAAUGCCGGGUUAUCCUGAUGCUUCCCAAGAAGGAGCAGGUUUGCCAAAGGGGCUCUUGGUGCCCAAAGAUGCGGGGUAGCGCCUGAGGGUCUUAAGAUAAAGCUGUUGAGCCACAGGAGGGCUGAGAGGCUAAACUGGCUGCAUCGCCCUUGCCCGACACGCUGCCGGCAUCUGGGGGUGCCCCUGCAGGACGGGCACCCCAGGCACACACAGGACCACCCUGUUGCCUACUCAAAGCAGCAGAUGCAGAAAAAUCUUGAAGAUGGAUGUCUCCAUACCACAGACUAUUGCUAGGAAUUUUUUUGUUGUUUGUAAAGGACAAUGUGAUAAUUAUUAUUCCUUUAAAAAGAAA